AUGGCGAUUUCCAGUAUUGCCGCCGGCAGCCAUCAUAUAUUUGGCUCCCUGGUGAAGUUAGCCAGAAAUUUCACGAGGUACAUGGGUCUAAAUUUUUCUAAAGGUCUGAAUGACUUCAAAACCACCCUCAAAAAUUGGUCUCCAAAAAUUGUUCACGGCAAUACAUUGUUUGUUGACUUUUCAGGAGCGUUCUUCAUUCCAUACGUUCUGUUCCUGGUAUUAUGCGGGGUACCUCUCUUCUUUCUGGAAGUUUCAUACGGCCAGUUCUCCAAUCUCAGCCCUAUAGCCAUCUGGAGGAUAUGUCCUUUGUUCAAAGGUGUGGGCAUCGGCAUGGUGAUUGUGUCAUCGAUCGUGUGCAUCUACUACAACGUGAUCAUCGCGUGGGCUCUGUACUACCUCGUCAUGUCAUUCCGUGCAGUGCUGCCAUGGAGCAACUGCAACAACGAGUGGAACACGGAGCAUUGUGUGGAUGUUGUCAAGGGGAACUCGACCAACACAAGUGUACUGGUCACCCUGAUGACCAACAUGACCAACGCCAUGUCCUACACUGUCGACACAACUCUAUCACCCAACAUGUCACGACUUGCAGAGAAAGCAAUGAGUGCUAGUGAAGAAUUUUGGGAACGCCACGUGUUGGAGCUGAGUGGGGGGAUUGAAGAGCCGGGCACUCUGCGCUGGCAGCUCGUCAUCGCCCUGUUCGUGUCGUGGGUCCUCGUCUUCCUCUGUCUCUUCAAGGGAGUGUCCGUCCUAGGCAAGGUGAUGCACUUCGCAGCACCAUUUCCUUAUCUAGUCCUCACAGUGCUGCUCAUCCGAGGUGUGACUCUGCCUGGAGCCAUGGAAGGAAUCAAGUUCUACAUCAUUCCCCGAUGGGAGAAGUUAGCUAGCUUCAGGGUGUGGGGUGAUGCAGCUCUACAGAUCUUCUAUUCUGUUGGCAUGGCGUGGGGUGGAAUCAUCACCAUGGCGAGUUACAACAAGUUCAACCACAAUGUCUACAGAGACUCCAUGAUGGUUCCGUUCAUUAACUGUGGUACGAGUAUCUUUGCUGGGUUUGUCAUCUUCUCUGUUCUGGGCUUCAUGGCUCAUGAAGCUGGUGUGUCGAUGGAGGACGUAGUCACUGAAGGACCAGGUUUAACAUUUGUAGCCUACCCACAGGCUAUCGCCAAGCUUCCCAUUUCACCUCUGUGGUCCGUGCUGUUCUUCCUGAUGCUCCUAACAAUAGGACUGGACAGUCAGUUUGGUAUGUUUGAGACGAUGCUCAGUGGCCUGAUGGAUGAGUAUCCUCAUUACCUGAGGAACAAGAAAACUCUGCUGACGAUUGGAACAUGUCUUCUGGAGUUCCUUCUUGGACUGGCCUGCAUAACACAGGGUGGAAUUUAUGUGCUACAGAUCAUGGAUUGGUACUGUGCCAGUUUCUCUCUGAUGCUCAUAUCCUUAUGUGAAUGUCUGGCCAUUUCUUGGAUUUAUGGUGCCGAUCGAUUUUACAAGGACAUUGAGAUGAUGAUUGGAUACAAGCCGCCAAUUUGGUGGAAAAUCAGCUGGAAGUAUAUCACACCAGCCAUCAUACUGUUUAUUUGGUUAUUCAGUGUUACAACUCUUGGUCCCGUCACGUACGGUGAUGUGAUUUACCCAACGUGGGCCAUUGUGUUUGGUUGGUGUUUAGCCGUCUGCUCCAUCAUUCCCAUCCCAGUCUUGAUGAUCUACCAGAUUGCUCAGGAAACUGGACCAAUAAUGCAGAGAAUAAGAAAACUGACCAAGCCAUCCCCACUGUGGGGACCCUCUCUUCCUGAACACCGCAAGCUGUAUCUGGAAUCUCUGGGAAUCACUGACCCAGAAACGGUGACGCCACUUGAACCAAAUAAGGACGAGGACACGACAAAGUCAAAACCACCACAGGAGCAUUUAGAGCUGAUUCACACAAACAAGGUAUGAACGUCGUCAUGGAAACAGCACACCAUCUGCAACUGAAGCAGGAAAAACGUCCACAACAUCAUUUCCUACAGAUGCCAAAUGUACCGCGUAGCUAACAGACACAAAGUUGAUUAGCUGACAUUGCUGUUAUUGUCAGGCUGUAUAGUUCCAAGCAUUCACCUGGUAAUGCUUUAUAGGGAGUGUGAACAAGGUUUUCAUAUUGUAUUGAACAUUACAAGACUGGUAGCAAUGUCAGGAGAUAUAGGCAUAUACUGUAAGAAUCUGCAGGACAGGUUAAUAACUUACACUGUUUCAAACAGUAAUACAUUGUUAUUAAAUUAUUCAUGUACAGCUGCUGAGUGAAAUUCAAGUGCUUAAGCUGAAUAAAAAAGGGUUAGAAAAUUUGACAAAUUGUCAUUGAAAGUUGUUAGCCAAAUUAAUUUUGCCUUAUUUUAUGCAUAAACAACCAAUAUCAUAAUGAUACAUUUUAGUCAAGUUUAGUAUCUGUUAAAACAUGUGUUAAUUGAACAAACACAAAA